UCGUUGCCGCCUCCGUUGCCGACGCAAUGCAGCCUUCCUCUGUAUGUGCCAUACUCACCGCUCUCUGGGUAACCAACCUGUUCCUGUCGGUGCAGAGGGAGGAGAAGCAGCUUGAGGCAUCAUUAGAUGCACUGCUGAGUCAAGUGGCUGAUCUGAAGAACUCACUGGGGAGUUUCAUUUACAAGUUGGAGAACGAGUAUGACCGGCUGACCUGGCCCUCUGUCCUGGACAGCUUUGCCUUGCUCUCCGGACAGCUGAACACUUUGAACAAGGUCUUGAAGCAUGAAAAGACACCACUGUUCCGUAAUCAGGUCAUCAUCCCUCUGGUGCUGUCCCCAGACCGUGAUGAAGAUCUCAUGCGGCAGACCGAAGGACGAGUGCCUGUUUUCAGCCAUGAGGUGGUCCCUGACCAUCUGAGAACCAAGCCCGACCCUGAGGUCGAAGAGCAAGAGAAGCAGCUAACAACAGAUGCGGCCCGCAUUGGUGCUGACGCAGCUCAGAAGCAGAUCCAGAGCUUGAACAAAAUGUGCUCAAACCUUCUGGAGAAAAUCAGCAAAGAGGAACGGGAAUCGGAGAGUGGAGGUCUCCGGCCAAACAAGCAGACCUUUAACCCUGCAGACACCAAUGCCUUAGUAGCCGCUGUGGCCUUUGGGAAGGGGCUAUCUAAUUGGAGACCUUCAGGCAGCAGUGGUCCUGGCCAGCCGGGCCAGCCCGGAGCUGGGACCAUUCUUGCAGGAGCCUCAGGAUUACAGCAGGUGCAGAUGGCAGGAGCUCCAAGCCAGCAGCAGCCGCUGCUCAGUGGGGUACAGAUGGCUCAAACAGGUCAAACAGGGAAAAUGCCAAGUGGAAUAAAAACCAACAUCAAGUCAGCUUCAAUGCAUCCCUACCAGCGGAGCCGUGUGAGCUGAUCCCAGCACCAGGCAGGACGGAGGCUGAAUCUUUCCAAAUGCCCACCCUGGGUCAACUCCUGAUUAUUGUCCAGAGAAAUUACUAAGGGAUGUACGUUAACCUACUGGCUAAAUCCAGAAUUUUUUCAGUGCUCAUCUUACUUGAUCUCCAUGGCGUUUCCUAGUGCCGAGCAUUUCCUCUUCAUCUCUUUCUCCCCACUUGGCCCCUAUGUCUCUGACCAUUCCUUUUUGGCAGCUUUUGGCCUUCUAUCCCUCUGCCCGCUGUCUCUGUGGACCACCUCUUUUAUUUUCAGCUCAGAGCUCUCUGCCCCUAGGAUCCAUAGGUUCCUCAGAUUCUGAAUGUUCAAGUCCAGGCAUCCUUUCCUCUGAACCUGUUUUGUUUUUUUUUUUUCCCCCUAGUUUUCCUGGGUGUGACCUAAGCCAGGUCUAUGGAAGUCAUCCUAAACCCGUCCCUCUCUGUGUCCCACCCCCAGGUGCCAAAUCCUAUCUCUUCUGGCUCCCUAAUAUCUAUCCAUCCUGCCCUGCAUUUUAGGCCCUGGGCCUCUUUCCCUAAAAGUGUUCAGACUCCCUGUAUCCCACUCCGACCCAUCUUUGAUACGGCUGCCAGGUCUUUCUAAACUGCUGAUCAGAUCACAUUGCUCCUUUGAUUAAAAUCCUUUUGAUAGUUCCCUCCCCAUGUUUCUCAAACUGGAGUCCAUGCACCUGACAGGUUGGUGUGCCAGGCAUGCUGAAAGUCCUUGGGUCAAAUCACCCUGGAACACUCAUUUUCUUGAGGGUAAGUAAUUUAAACAGAGAACAAAAAACUACCAUGUAUGCAUUAUUAGGAGAAAAUAGACUUCAAGAAAUUCCUACUAGUCCGAAGGGGUUCAGAGUAAGCCACUGGAUUUCCUGGGGGAUAUUUCUUUCUGUCUUUUUUGCCAUUACAUUUACUUCAUUAAAAAAUUUGAAAAACAUCUAAAAUUUCCCGGGAAGGCAAGUAAGAUUCUGUGUGAUCUGGCCCCCUGACUUCUCCUGACUUAGUUUCUCCCUUGUCCUGCCGCCCACUCUGUUUUCAAGCCAUACAGGCUGCUUGAAGUUUCCUGAAAUGAACAAACUCU